UGACCAUUCUUGGCAUUCGUUUGCGUUCUGAACUGUGCUUCUAUUUCUCCCGGUGUAGUUUGGAAGCCCCAGUGUAAUCAUUUCUGACCUCACCAAGUGCAAGGUUACAUUCCGAUGUACUCAACUUGGGAACUCCUUCCCCGCCCCCUUCCCUUGAGGAUAUAUGCUGCCGACUCAGAGGGCACCUCAUUCGCUCGACAGGCAGCAAGACCAGGUGUACUUUAGGAAUACGGAUAAAUCUUCAUCCUUUGGCUCCGAAGGGUUAGGGAACUAGCUGUCACUUUAAGAGAGCUAACUCCUGAAGUGCCAAGGCGGAACCGGGCAUCAAAAUAUCGCGAGAAGUGUCACCGCCAGCAACUUCUCGCGAUGUUUGGCCCGGCAAAGGGUGGCCAUUUUGGAGUCCGUCCUGGGGCUGGUUACCCCGGCGGCGUUUGUCAACCUGCUGCCGGGACCAAAGCUGGCCCCGCGGGUGUAUGGCCUGUGGGCACCGGGACCGACACAAUGUGGCGGCUCCGCUGCAAGGCCAAGGAUGGCACCCAUGUUUUGCAGGGGCUGUCCAGCCGAACCCGGGUGCGAGAACUCCAGAGCCAAAUUGCCGCCAUCACCGGGAUCGCGCCGGGCUGUCAGCGAGUCCUGGUCGGAUACCCGCCCGAGUGCCUGGACCUCAGCAACGGGGAUACCAUUCUGGGGCAUUUGCCCAUCCAAUCAGGGGACAUGCUGAUCGUUGAAGAAGACCAAACCAGGCCCAGAACUUCACCUGCCUUUACAAAACCUGGUGCUCCUACUUACGUCAGGGAAACGCUGCCUGUGCUAACCAGAGCCACAGUGCCAGCAGACAACUCAUGCCUCUUCACCAGUGUGUACUAUGUUGUCGAAGGUGGAGUCCUGAAUCCAGCCUGUGCCCCCGAGAUGAGACGCCUCAUAGCACAGAUUGUGGCAAGUGAUCCCGGCUUCUACAGUGAGGCCAUACUGGGAAAAACAAAUCAGAACUACUGCGACUGGAUCAAAAGGGAUGACACAUGGGGAGGAGCUAUUGAGAUAUCCAUUUUGUCUAAAUUUUAUCAAUGUGAAAUUUGUGUAGUGGAUACACAGACAGUAAGAAUUGAUCGUUUUGGGGAAGAUGCGGGAUAUGCCAAAAGGGUCCUGCUUAUUUAUGAUGGCAUCCACUAUGAUCCACUUCAGCGGGAGUUCCCUGACCCGGACACCCCUCCUCUGACCAUCUUCUCCUCCAAUGAUGAUAUUGUUCUUGUACAAGCCCUGGAAUUAGCAGAGGAAGCUAGAAGAAGGAGACAGUUUACUGAUGUAAACCGCUUCACCUUGAGAUGCAUGGUAUGUCAUAAGGGAUUAACUGGACAAGCAGAAGCAAGGGACCAUGCCAAGGAGACAGGCCAUACCAGCUUUGGAGAAGUGUGAUCGCUGCAUGAUGAGGGUUGGCGCCUACUACCUCACAGAUCCAGAAGGCUCUGGGUUUUCCAAUAAGCUAUUCGUAGCCCUAAAGAACAAAAGGACAUAGUGCUUGAACCAUCCUUUUAACUCAAAACCACUAAGACGCUGAAAUUCCUUGUUAAGAUUAAAAUUAGUGUGCAGGUUUACAGAUGUGUGUCUAUAGUUGUGAGACAUGCCCUCUUUCUGCUGGAGUGACAGAAUAGGUGGUCCGUGCUUCCCGUUGACACUAACCUGAAGAUUGAGUUUCAGUAUUAUAAACUAGUACCCAGCAGCAUUAACUUGCGGAAGAAAACAACUUCACAUUUUGGGUAGUGUGGAAGGCCUCGUGAAGUCACUGGACGUAAACCACAGUGUCUCAGUAAUUCUGAGUCCUUUUAAAAACUCUGAGAUAAUAGUUUCUCAAUUACGAAUUGAUUCCUCAAAUGAAGAUGCUCAAAAUUGUCAAAACUGAUUUUUUUAUUGCAAUUUGGUAGACUUUAUAAAUGUAUAUUUAACCAGUGAUAAAUAUAUAACAAUUUUUACAGGGAUGAAUCUAUUCCUUGAAAACUGCUAGUGCCCAAUUUAGGAUUUUUAGUGUAUAAAAGUAGAAUGUAUUAGGGGAAAGGUGCCUGAGCCGCUUACCGAAGCUUUAAAAGACCACUGGCCUCAUGUUUUAGUGAAACUCAUGUAUUGAUCUUUGUUACAUUGGAUAAAGUUUUACAUUUAAGCAGGGUAUUGUUUUUAAUGGAAGUUCCUUGGAAUUUCAGUGCUCCAUUUUUGCUUUUUUACAUAAAGAUUUCCCUGGAGGGAUUUAAUUUCCUCAGCUUUUUGUCAGGAGCAUUUCUCCAACUCCUAAAAAAAACAUCUGAAGUGGUGACGCUGCGCUUUGGUUCGUUUCUGUGAGAUCUUCUGCUCCCCUGAACAGUGCUUGUUUUCAUGCUCAGCCGAAUCCUGCCACGAACGCUGUUUUGAAUAAUUUCAAUUUCAUCAAUUGUUUUGAGUAAUUAGCACUUUGCUUAUCCACGAUCUUUUGACUUUUAAAGAGUUUUAAAGGGAUUGGGGUCAUAAUGUUGAAUGAAUUUAUUUCACUUCCAAAACAUGACAGUUUUUUAAAUCCCUGCCUUAUUCAGCUUUCUCAGAAUUCUGCUUCUUGCUGUUAUUAGAUGUGCAGCCGUUUGCUUGGUGGGCUCGUCCACAAGGCACAUCCUCUAAAACUUAGUUUCACUAUGAGAUCUUCCCGAUAAAAGUUUUCUACCUCUUUUCGUAAUUCUUCUGAAGAUCAGGGAUGCUAAAUCACAGUUCAUUACGUAUUAUCUCACAUAAUGUGAAGAGGCUUAAUGUGGCGAAGUUUUUUGUUUUCUUGGUCUCACUUUUGACUAAGUAUCUCAGAAAACCGAUGGUGGACUUUCAAGCAUUCUGUCUCUGCCAGCAUAUCUUCCUAGCAAAUGUUUUAAAGAGAUUUACUUAGCUUUUCUACUUAGUGGAGGUGGCCAUCGAAAAUCAAAGAACAGGUAAACAAUUUAGGAGAGAAGUACCUUGAAGAAACAAUUCACCAAGUAUGCUUAAUCACUAGGUGACCUGUCUUGAGUACCUUUUGGGUGAAUAGCUGCAUUAGGCAUUACAAGUUAUUAUGGUCAGUAUAACUUAAAAGUGUUUAAUUUUCUAUUUUACUGAGCCUUAAAAAUAGCACUUGUGAGCUUGCGAUACUUGAUGUUUGGCAAUCAUAAUAUGUACAAAUGAAAAUGACUGAAAAGCUCUUUGUACUGUCUAUCAUCUGAUCAAAAAUGUUUUUGCUUCUCCUAUUUCCCCCAGAAAAUACUAAAUUUAAAUUUUAAGUUAAGAGUUUAUAACAUCCAUCAAAUUCAACUUUAUGCAUCAUUAUUCAUAAAGCUUGCCUUCCUUUCUUAGAUACUUAAGGAGCCAAAUUUGACAUUUGCUUACUGGGAUUUUAGAGACAUUUAGUCAUGCAACAAAUAUUUACUGAGUAAUUCAUAAUGUGCCAGUCAUGUAUUGGUGUAUUUCCCAACAUAAAUUUCUGUCACUUUAAAAUUGAUUAUAUUUUAUCUAUAUUGGAUUAACUUAACAAAUGGAAAAAUAUAGAACCUGGUAUUUUACGAAAUUAAACCCCUUAAUUUUAAGUCUUAGCAUAUUUAGCUUAUACUUUUAUAGCAAGUGUCAAGCAUUUAUUCAGGGGAUCUUACUCUGUGUGAUCUAGGUUGUCUAUUCACCAGUUGGACACUGAUACACAAAUUGCUGUCAAUUAUGAGUUUUUAAAUUACCUGCUAAAAUUCAGCACUAGGACUUUAAAGUAAUGUUCUGAUCAUGGAAAAUUCAAGAUGAAGCACUAUUUGCAGACCAUUUGAUUUAAUGAUUGAGUAUUAAAAACUUAAACUUAUGCUCAUUCUAAACUCAAGCUUGUAUUCCUCACAGAAUUUAAAGAUUUUUUUUUACCACAUUUACUAAACUCUUGAAAUUAGUUUAUUACUAUGUGUAAAUUAUAAUCUUGAGAAUUUUAGAAAUCUGUGUAUCAAUUUAGUACUUGCAGUGGAAUCAAAAGAAAUUUUUUUCUUAAAUGCACUUGAGCAGAAUGAAACCCUCUUCCCAUUCAUUGUUUUUGACUGCCGUACAAUAAUAUUUUAUUAAUUAAGGAUAGUUUAAUGUAAGUGACAGACUGAAUGAACAUUGUGCUUUCUUAUCCCCUGUUCACCCUUUCCCUUGCUCUUCUUCGGAUUUAAAAAAUUUGUUUCCCUUGAAUGAAAAAUGGGCAUAGUCCAGUGGUACCUUUGAAGGUUUGGCCGCUGGUCAGCUUGACCCUGUUGGCAAAAACUAAUAUAGUCAUGCCACUUGAUUAUUCUAUGAAGUUCAAGUCCCAGCAAAAUCCUAGUCAGGAAUGAAUUAACAUUGCAUUAUCUGUCUGCAUACCACAAGUACAUGUGUCUAACUUAAUGCAGUGUCUUUUUAGACUGUUAGGCAUUAAAAUGUGUAUGUUGGCAAGUUGCUCGAGACAGACAUAAUUUUCUGUGUCUUUUUUGAAAAAAUUAGACUAGGGAGUAUCAAGAUUAGCAGCAGAAUUGUUUUUGUUUUACAAAUCAGGUGGCCUUCCUAAGCUUUCAUACAUUAAGGUUUAUGUUCUUUUAUGUGUUGAGACACACAUUUGCUAUUAUUUGCAGCACUUUAAAAAAAUUUGAAAAGUUUACAUGUUAGCGCCCUCUGGGGAUCUUGUUAAAAACAUUAACAUGUAAUUCUUGAGCUGCUAACAAUCAGCUCUCCUUAACAAUUACCAUCAGUAUGUAGUGUCCAACCAUCCAAUGGUACAACAUUCUGGUGUUUUGAUAACAGAGAAACUUAAUUUCUGUAGCUAUUAGGAGCAGGCUCUGUGCCCUGACAUUCAGAAUGUUACCCAUUUCUGUCAUUUGAUUGUUUUUUAUCAUUCAUUGUAUAGUGCACUAUUCAGAACUUGUCCUUGUAGCACAAAGAUGACUAUAGCAACUUCAAAGAGAUUAGAUUCGUAAAACUUUUCAUUUGUUUCUACCCAAACUUAUUUUAAGGGACCUGAUUUUUGAGUCAGAGGCCUUAGAAGUGUCAUAUAUAAACAACAUGAUUUUUAAGUCUUAAGGGAAACAUUUAAUUUGAAUAAGCUAGUUUAUUAACAAACGAUGUUGUCUUACUAAGAUUUACACUAUUUUGACUCAUUUCAUCUAAGCUAGAAAGAAUAUAAAAACUAACCUGAUUGUGGGAAAAGGUUUUUCUGUUUGUUUGUUUUUUUCAAAAAUUAGCCCGUAUUUUGUUUAUAGUGCUUUGAAUACUUGACUUCGAAGAAAUUAUUACAUUGAUAUUGAAUCAUAGGGUGCUGAUUUAGGUCUUGGUCUGUUUGAAUUAAAUGAAGACUGAUAAACCUCCUAUGCUAUUUUAGAGUGAAGGAAUAAAGGGGCAGGAAGAUAGAUUACCACUGAACAGAAGAGGUCCUCAAAUGGAUGCAUUCCCAGUCAGAAUUAAUGCUUUUUGGAAAAUUUCUCAAGCAAUGCCUUUCUGUCAUCGUAACCCUCCUCCCCCAUUUCUUGGCACAGAAUGUAGCAGUGCCAUAACUGAAGAGCUUGUCAUUAAAGCAUAAAAUCAUAAAUAUAAGUAUGUUGCUAUGAUGCCUUUUGAUCCUUUUUUUUGAAAAUACAAACCUACAUCUAGGAGUUAAGGGACAGUGAAGAUACGAUUUGGUUAAGUUGUAGGUCAACAGAAAGGUUAAUCCAAGAAAGGCUGAGAAUUCGUACCAAGAUUACAUGAGCCUGACUUUAUAACUGGUGUAGGAUAUGUGAUUGUAGCCUCUAAGUUACUGAAAAGGGUGAGGGCACCUCGUUCUUGUCAGUUUCCCAGUUUACCUUGGUGCCAUUCAUGACUUAAGCUGUUCACAGGAAAUAAAAUUUCCUUGACAAAGAGUAAAUUUUUUCCUUUAAAAAAGUACUGAAUUUAACUUAAAAUAUAGAAUAAGUGUGUAUAGCUUGUCAAAAGGGAUAGAGAAUGACAAAGAGCCCUGUGUUUCCUGUAUCAGUGCAGCACAGGUAGAGGUUGCCAAAUGCAAGAAGAAAACCACAACAGUCAAAUUCAGAGCUUUAAAACAGGACCUGAAAACGUAGGGAAGGGGGAAAUAGUUCUGUUUACUUGGCAUAAGAAAAUGUUUUUUUCUUAAUGAAGAUGGUCAGUGUUUUCUUGUUUUAAAAAUGGUCUUUUGUCUACUUUUUUCAGAAUUAAUGCACUGCUGCUACCUGGGAGAUGUCUAAUUUCAUUUUGUACCACGCUUACGUGAUGCUGUUGUCAUUAAGAUGCACUGAUUUUAUUUAUAUGAGGUGUAUGAUUUUAUGAAUGCUGUAUGAAGGACUUUUUGAAAGAAUAAAUGAAGUGAAAGUAU